GGAAAAAUGAAAAAUUAAUUAGAAAUAGAGAGGGGGAGAGAGAGAGAGAGAGAGAGAGGGGGAGAGAGAGAGAAUGGAGGGAAAGAGUUCGAAUAGAGAAUUGCAGAGCAUAGUAGACGCCAUCGGUUGCUCAGAAGUCGUAGAGAGUCGUAUUCAACUGCUUGAUAAACUCGGCGACUUGGAAAUAUCGGAGAAAUCUGAUUUCGCUUGCCUCCUCCAAUGCCUCGCAAAUUUGUGGGAAGACUACACUUGUUUGGAUGUAAUCCAGUGCAUGUUGAACAAAGCUAUAUUGGAAGUGGCUGUAAAGCAUCUGGGUUCUGGCUUAUCCAGCUGUCCAGCCCAAUAUCUUGAACUUGGUACGAAGGCAAGCAUAUGGUGCGGAAAGCACCUGAAGAUGACUCUUAUGUCCACAGAGGAGUCCCAAGAAGAAGAGCAUUCCAAACUGUUUUUUGAGCUGCUCUUUAAUCUGCUGAGCUUUUCUGCUGCUAGUUUUUCAGCUCUGGCAAGAUACCCAGUUACAGUUAAUCAGCUGUCAAUGAAUAGCAUUGAAAAAUUCAUUCUGGAGCAGUUAAGCUUAACCAAAGACUUGGUGUCUGAGUUUAAGAGAAUCCAACUAUAUGGAUCAGAAGCACUAAAGGUUUCACAGGAGGUCAUUGACUCUGUGAUAAGGCUAUGUGGCGUGCAAGCUGGGGCUGUAAACUGGGGUUCCUAUGAUGAAAGGUUUGAGGACAAAAAUGGUAUAGACUGUGAAGUGAUAAAUGUUAAGGACUGUGUUAUCAACAUAAUAAAGCAUGCAAUAGAGAAACUCUGUGAGAUGGGCAUCAUUGCUGCUGACGGUGGAGGGAGUUUGGUAGCCAUUCUUAAUUUGUCAUGGAAGGGUGUGGUCACAUUGCUUCAGCUUGGUGAGGGGAUCUUAGCAGUAAAGAUGAAUAUAUCAGAUAUACUUGUAACUCUCAUCUCAUUAGUUAAUGAAUCUAUAAGAUGUGCUUCUGAGGCUUGGAAUUCUACGCUGAAGGAAACUGUUUCUGUAACAGAAGCCAGAAGAACAUUUCUUCCAAUAAAGUUUUACCUGAUUAAUGCAGUGAAAAUAUCCUCUUUAUAUCCAUGUCAAGCUUAUCUAGUUUACAAGGAGUUAACAUUCUGCAUCCUGAAGAUCUCAACCUUUAGAAUUUCAAUGUGCAAGGAAAAACUUUUGAAAACUGCCAGUGAAGUUUUCACUGAACUUUUGGAGAAAACAUCCUACGAUUUGCUUAACCCUAUACUAAUUUCAGAUCAAGUAAAGCAAGAAUGUAAAUUUGAGAUUCUAGACUGUCUGUUCUUCCAUGAAAAUGAUGCAAAUUUGAUAUCUGGAUGUCUGGAUGAGUGUAGCAGGAAUACUUCAAUAAAUGGUAGUCAGGUAUUACCCGAAAGAGGAGCAAUGCUGCUCGGUAGGGUGGCACUGUUUCUUAAUUUUUUGAGAUAUUCUGUUGAUUCUGAAGAAGAUACAAGAGUUGGGAUUAGCAGAAAGCUUGGGUGGUUUUUGGACCUUUUUGUCAAUGAAGAGGUAUAUUCUUCUAUUCUUAUUUUGCAACUUCCUGUGUCCUAUGGAUCUGGAAAGACUGUGGAAGUAAUUUGGCAGCCUAUGUUUUCUUUUCUUUUAAAUUCACUGCAAACAUUUCUGAUUGUUGUCUCUUCAAGUCUUGCUUGGAUGGAAGUGGAGUCUUUCCUUCUUGAGAAUCUUUUUCAUCCUCACUUCCUAUGCUGGGAGGUAGUAAUGGAGCUUUGGUGUUUUAUUGCACGUUAUGCUGAGCCAGGCAUGGUGAAUGGAAUUGUUAACAAACUUUGUUCAUUGUUGAAAUUUCUUGCAUCUGCUGAAUCAGUAUUUAAUCCCUGUUCUGCACUGAGAAGAUUGGCUAGAUUCAUCAGCAUGUUUCUCAGUUUUGGUGCACAAUCAUUGGUGGACCAAGUUAUAAAUUUCAUUGUGGGUGAUGAGAGAUCUGCAGAGUCGUCCAUUGUUCGUUUAGCUUUGUUAAUGGAGGGCUUUCCACUGAAUCUACUAUCAGACAAGAUCAGAAGUAUUACAACCCAAAAAGUCCUCACAGAUUACUUUGUUUUUGUAGAAAGUUUUGAUGAAAAAUCAAUAAGAGCUGGCAACAAUGGUUUUUUUGGGGUUCCGGUUUUCACUCUAUCUGCUUCCUUGCAGUCUCUACAGAUCAACUUGUCUGAUGUUGAUGUGAAGACCUUGAAGUUUUUAGUUUCUAUCAUUCAUAGUUACAAAGCUUGUGCAGACAAAUUAACAAAGAACCAUUGCCGGAAGCUUUUAAGUGAAACAUUAGGUAUCAUCUCAAAUAUGAAGCACCUAUAUGCAUCUGAUGAAAUGGAAGAAGUCGUUUUUGAGCUUGGAAAACUAUUUAUCUCUGGGCCAGCAGCCACAGAUAAAGAGUUGUAUCAAUGCAAACCAGAUCUGGCUCUUUUCAUGGCAGGUCUAGCACACAUGCACAUUCCAGAAACUGAUAAAAAUCCCAAAACCUCUGCUGCAUGGCAAUUGUAUCACAUGCUAUUAAGAGAAAGACAUUGGGCUCUGAUUCAUUUGGCUAUUACAGCAUUUGGGUAUUUCACAGCUCGCACUCUUUGCAACGAGCUUUGGAGAUUCGUCCCUCAUAAUGCAGCUCUUUCAUAUGAUUUAGAAUCCGGGAUCGAGGCUAAAGAGGAGAGAUUUAUGUUUGAAUUGAAGGCAUUUCUUGACAAGGAAAGGGCUCUUCAUACAAUUACUGCUAGCUCCGACCAGCUUGAGCUGCUUGCAAGGGAGGGUCUCAUGCUGAAAAAAUUGUUCCAAAAGCUUUCAGCCAUUAAUGCAGAGACUGCAGGAUGUAAAAGCAUGGACGUGGAUGGUGAAAACAGAUCCAUGGAAGUUGAUGGUGAAAAGCAGUGCAACAAGAAAAGGAAACUUCCCGAUGGAAUUAGCAAGGGAAUGGAAUUGCUACACAGUGGGUUGAAGGUUAUAUCUGAUGGAAUUUCCCAGUUGCAGCAACAUCAGCUCAGCUCAAUUGAACUCAACAAGUUCUUGACUCAUUUCUCUCGUUUAGAGGACCAGAUUGCUCAAUUAGUUGGCCUCACUGGUAAUGAUUAAAUCUUAACCUUUUCGAAAUAAGUUUGAAAGAUGUUAGGAUUCAGAUCACACGCUCUACAUGCAAGAAAGGAAUAACGGAAAUUGGCUUUUCCAUUAGUGCUUCAAAGCUGAUUAAUUGGUCUUUCUUACCCAGCCAAUUUGGAUGUUCCAUGAAAAUGGGAUCAUUGCAUUUCACAUUUCAUUGUGCAAAGCUUGUUUUCGGGAAAAUAGGGUGGCAGGUAACUGUAGGUGUCAUGAUAUAACUGGUUAAAGGGCACUAUAGUCGAGUUGAAAAAUGGUGUAAUUGGUAUAUGCUUUUGUAGUCCUGUAUACAAGUUAAAUUCCAAAGCUAUGAGUAGACUAGAUCAUAGACUUGCACUCUCUUUGCGUUUUGUAAGAAUUUUGGACGCUAUAACUUGUGGAUAUUACGCAUUAAAAGCAUGACAUUUUUGUCAAUUGAUAAUUGCCAUGUCAGCUGUGGAUCCCAUUAAAGAUGAUCACCACUUUUGGCAAAUAGCACACUAAUACAUUUUGUCAUCUAAUUAUUUCCUCUGUAUUUUCAUUUCUAUUUAAGGGUAAUUUCAAAACCCCAUUUUGCAUCACACACACACAUAUAUAUAUAUAUAUAUAUGUAUUCUUUUUCUUCUUUCAAACAUAUUAAGAAGAGAAAAGAAGAAGACUACUAAUAGCUAGUUAUAGGGAUAAAAAAGAAAAAAGAAAAAAAAGACAUGAAUCUUUUAACAAGUUGUGUGGCAAUUCCUCUUGUUGUGUUGGGAAUCACCAUUAGCAAUAUGAGCACACCAGUCAGUGGGAAGAAGCUGGAAAUCACCAUAGCUAAUGACUUGGGGAAUUUUUUGAACCUGACAGUUCAUUGUGUUUCUCCUGCAAAGGAAUAUGAUUUAGGGUUCCAAGUUGUUCCUUAUGGAGGAAGGUAUCAAUGGUUUGCGCAUGAUAGUUCUUACCUUUGCGACUUGGCAUGGCAUAAAAAAUAUGGCCGUUUUCUUAUUUAUGAAUCCAGAAGAGAUAAUCGAAGGUGUAAAGGUUGGUGCUUUUGGCGAAUAGCUCAGGAAGGUUUGUAUCUCCAUCUUGCAAAGCCUGCAGAUAGAGAUGAAUUGGAGUUUACAUGGGAUUAAUUACUUAUAUAUAUUUCUUAUAAAUUUGUUUGUGUACUAAGAAAAAGGACAAUAAAAAUGUUCUUGAUCCUAUUGGAGAUUGAUGUUCUAGUAUUAUAUUUUGUCAAUGAAACUUUUAAUAAUUUUUUUUUUUUUUAAA